CACUAUUCCCUUCCCACGCGACCAACAACACAAAAACGUGUGUUUUGGUUCGGCGCGUGUUUUUUAGAUAAAAAAAAUAUAUUUACAGCCAGCUCAGCUGUGAAAAACUAUUCUUUUAGUCCACACGAAGAUUUUGUACUAAUCGACAGACAAUAUGAGACGUCCGAAGAAGUACGAAGCUGGCGAAGCCACACAAUAUAUCAGCCGUCGUGCUGCCUUGCGGAAACUACAGCUUUCGCUGAAUGACUUUCGCCGCCUGUGCAUCUUGAAGGGAGUUUAUCCCCGCGAGCCAAAGCACAGACGUCGUGCACAGAAGGGUUCAUCGGAGAUCAAAAUUUUGUACCAUGCCAAGGACAUACGCUUUCUACUGCACGAGUCCAUCGUGUGGACCCUGCGUGACUACAAGAUUUUUGCCCGGAAAACAGGACGCGAUCGUGCUAUCAAAGAUUUCCGCAAUCUGAAUCGUCGUCUGGCCAUGUUCCCCGAGCUAAAACUGGAUCAUAUUGUUAAGGAACGCUAUCCGACUUUCAUUGAUGCUCUCAAGGAUUUGGAUGAUUGUCUAACGCUGCUGUUUCUGUUCAGCACAUUUCCAUCGCUGCAUUUGAUUCCACGUGAACAGUCAAGCUUGUGCCGCCGAUUGACCAUCGAAUUCUUGCACUAUAUCAUCGCCUCAAAGUCACUGCGCAAGGUCUUUAUAUCCAUUAAGGGUUAUUACUUCCAAGCCGAAAUUAAGGGACAGAAGGUCACCUGGAUUGUACCACACUACUAUCCAUUCAAGCCUCAGUCGCGUCAAGAGGUUGACUUCAAAGUCAUGUCCAUUUUUGUAGAGUUCUAUACUAUCAUGAUGGGCUUCACCAAUUUCCGUUUGUUCCAUGGCCUCAACUUGGCAUAUCCACCACAAUUUCCCAGCAGUGUGUUGCAGGAUAGCGAGGAUACCUUGAAAGAUGAAUCCAGCUUUGUCUCCGAUCGCAUUGCAGCACUGAACUUUGAGCUGUUGCGCACCGACAAACUGCAGGAAGAUGAGGAGGAGCCGGAAAUUGAUAUGGAUCUGCUAGAGCAGGAUGGCGACUCUAAGCGCAUCAUCAAAAUGAAACAGGAAGCCCAGGAAGUGUCGCGUUUGCGCACUCUCUUCAAGGGCCUGAAAUUCUUUAUUAAUCGCGAGGUGCCACGAGAACCGUUGGUCAUCAUCAUCCGUUCGUUUGGCGGCAAAGUGUCGUGGGAUUCAUCGAUCUUUUCGGGUGCCACUUUUGACGAAAGCGAUGAAACAAUUACGCAUCAGAUUGUCGACAGACCCAGCCUGAGCACUCAGUAUAUCUCAAGAGAUUACAUUCAGCCUCAGUGGCUCUUCGACUGUGUCAAUCGUCGCCAAUUGCUGCCCACUAAUCAGUACUUCCUAGGAGAACAGUUGCCGGCCCAUUUAUCGCCAUUUGUCGAUGCCAAGCGCGAUACUUAUAUUCCGCCCGAGGAAAAGGCGCUGCACGAUCCCUCGUUGAUCGAAACGCACGUUCAAAGCGAUGAUGAAUCUGAUGAAGAAGAGCCAGAGGAAGAAGGUAUUGACCAGGAGCUGCUCGAUGAACAGCUGCAGCGUGCCUAUCAGGAAGAAACAGCAGAGUACAAGAAGUAUGGUGGAGUAGAUGGUGUUAACGAGGAUGAAUUGAGCGACGCUGAAGAAGCAAGCGAAGAGGACGAUGAAGAAGAGGAAGUCGAUGAAAAGACUCGACGAUUGAAAGAAGAGAAGCAAAAGAUGUCUGUGCAAUCUGGCAAAGUGCACAAGGUAAAUAAACGGCAAGAGCGCAAGGCUGAGGUGGAUGAGCAUCGUCUGAAGGCUCGCAUGGUGAAACCACGCCAUCGUAAUCUGUUCCGUCAUCUGAUCCGCAAGCAACAAACGCAGGAGAAGGAGGAAUGGCUGUUGCGCAAAAAGCGACGCACUAUCGAUGCCAAUGACAAGGAAGCCAAAAAGACGGCGAAGCGGGAGGCGCGUAAAGCGGCAGCCGCUGCGGCAGCAGCUGCCUCCAAACUGGGUGGCAAAUAAACGGAUCUGCCUUUGCGGUAUUCCAUUAGCUGUGUCUUGAUCCUUAGGCUUAACUUUUAUCUAACAAAAAAUAAAAAAAAAUAUUUCAAACAAAAA